UGCGCACUGCCCAGAACCUUCUAGAAGUAUGGCUGUUCGGGCUGUUGCCUGCCUCCCUACGCGGGCAUUCUCGUACUAGAAAUCUGAGCGAGUUCUCCGGAUGGAUCGACCCCCUACACGUGGAGCUUUCAAGGAGACGAGACACUGUCCGAAUCCUUUAGAAUAGGACAUUCCGUGCGUGUGGGCAUUAGGUGGAGCACGACGACAGGACGCCAAGCUGGCCCUCCGCCUGAAGCCUCAGUCACAGCUCUGCGCGUGACGUCAGCAUUCAGCGCCGCCGCGGAAGGAAAGCCCGGAGAGCGGCGCUGGCCGGAAGGGGCGGGGCGCUCGGCCUGGUUUCCUGGCGACGUACUUGUACGGGCGGCCGCUUCUCCGGCUGUUUUUUUCUUUUCCUUCCUGCCGCGCGAGGGAGGCCGUCAUGCCUUGGUUACUCUCAGCAACUAAGCUGGUUCCCGCCGUAGCAAGCGCCCGCUGCCGCUCAGGAUGCAUGUCAUGUUCUCAGCGAAGGUUCUCCCUCCAGCCCAUCCCAGAGAAGAGAAUUCCAAACCGGUACUUAGGCCAGCCCAGCCCCUUUACACACCCACACCUCCUCAGACCAGGUGAGGUGACGCCAGGACUAUCUCAAGUGGAAUAUGCACUUCGCAGGCACAAACUAAUGUCUCUGAUCCACAAGGAAACACAAGACCAGAGUGGGACAGACCAGACAGUGGUUCUGCUGUCCAACCCUACAUAUUACAUGAGCAAUGAUAUCCCCUAUACUUUCCACCAAGACAACAAUUUUCUGUACCUGUGUGGAUUCCAGGAGCCUGAUAGCAUUCUGGUCCUUCAAAGCCUCCCUGGCAAGCAGUUACCAGCACAUAAGGCCAUGCUUUUUGUGCCUCGGAGAGAUCCUAGUCGAGAACUUUGGGAUGGCCCACGAUCUGGCACUGAUGGAGCAAUAGCUUUAACGGGAGUAGAUGAAGCCUAUACGCUGGAAGAAUUUCAACAUCUUGUACCAAAAAUGAAAGAUGAGACAAAUAUGGUCUGGUAUGACUGGAUGAGGCCCUCUCAUGCACAGCUUCACUCUGACUACAUGCAGCAGCUGACUGAGGUCAAAGCCAGGAGCAAGAAUAAAGUUCGGGCUGUCCAGCAGCUGAUACAGCGUCUCCGGCUGAUUAAAUCUCCUGCAGAAAUUGAGCGAAUGCAGAUUGCUGGGAAACUAACUUCACAGGCUUUCAUAGAGACCAUGUUUGCCAGUAAAGCUCCUGUGGAAGAGGGCUUUCUUUACGCUAAGUUUGAAUUUGAAUGCCGGGCCCGUGGUGCAGACAUCUUGGCCUACCCGCCUGUAGUCGCUGGAGGUAAUCGGUCAAACACUUUGCACUAUGUGAAGAAUAAUCAGCUCAUCAAGGAUGGAGAAAUGGUGCUGCUGGAUGGAGGUUGUGAGUCUUCUUGCUAUGUGAGUGACAUAACCCGUACCUGGCCUGUCAAUGGCAGGUUCACAGCACCUCAGGCAGAACUCUAUGAAGCUGUUCUAGAAAUACAGAGAGAUUGUCUGACCCUCUGCUCCCCUGGGACAAGCUUGGAGAACAUUUACAGCUUGAUGCUGACACUGAUAGCACAGAAGCUUAAGGAGUUGGGAAUCGUGAAGAACAUUAAGGGAAAUAAUGCCUUCAAGGCUGCUCGGAAAUACUGCCCUCAUCAUGUUGGCCACUACCUCGGGAUGGAUGUCCAUGACACUCCAGACAUGCCCCGUUCCCUCCCUCUACAGCCUGGUAUGGUAAUCACGGUAGAGCCAGGGAUCUAUAUCCCAGAAGAUGACAGAGAUGCCCCAGAGAAGUUUCGUGGUCUUGGUGUACGAAUUGAAGAUGAUGUAGUGGUGACUCAAGAUUCACCUCUCAUCCUUUCUGCAGAUUGCCCCAAAGAGAUGAAUGACAUUGAACAGAUAUGCAACAGGGCCUCUUGACCCUCGCUGCAGCUCACGUGCAUCUCAGGUUUAGAGGGGGUGUGCACAUGUGCUGGCUGAGCGUCUUUGUGUGUGUUUCUACACAUGUUCCGUUUAGGAAUUAUGGCAAUUGUAUGAAUGUAAAAAAAUGUAUAUGUGACCUUUCUUUGUUUUAAGUAGCUAGAAAUCUGGAAAAUUGAAUUUUUGAAUGAUAUGUUACUACAACUUUAGUAACAUUAACUCUGUACAAUUAAUGACCAAGGCAGGUUUAAUUUUUAAAUGUACAGAACUAUCAUGGUUAUGUAUGUCCAUGCAUUCCAGUUAACACAAAUAUACAGAAAAUUUUCUCCUUUUCUCCAACUCUUUCCCUUUCUAUGCUUUUGCUGAGAUCUACCUAAUAUCGUAAGCUGUUUAUGAUGCUUAUAUUUUGAGCUAACCACCACUGUCUGCCUAUACUAAAAGCCACCUGUCAGUGAUUGUGGGUGGCCAGUACAUAUCUUCCAUAACUCCUGUCCAUCUCUUCCAGAUACUACAUAUCUACUGGAGCCAUAUGAGCCCUUGUCACUGGUGUCCUGCAAUCCCACCAUUCAGCUCCAAUCCAGAUUCUCCAAACCCUAUUAAAACAGUUUUGAGUUUUCCUUGCUGUUUCAUUGCCUAUGGCCUGGAAAGUGUUUAGAUUCUUGAUGAGGGAAAAAAUGAAAGAGAAAGAAAAACAUAUAUAUGUAUGCUACAGAACUGCACCUCUGUCCAUCCAUUCUCAAUCUGAAAAAAAUUCCUUUCCCAGGCAUCCACGGUGUCUUUAUAGAUUCAUAGGAUACUGAUCCUCAUAACACACUCUUGAACCUGCUGCCCUGGCCAAGGGUAGAUCCUCUCCUUACCCUGUUGAAGCCAGAGGAAUGACACCAGUUUUCAGAGAGCUGCUCCUGUUGCAUUCUGCAGUGUCAUCUAGUGCAAAAUAUGGAACUCACCCAGUACCCAUAAACAUCCUAUGAUCCUUUUAUUUCUCUGAUAUUAGCACUGGGAGGGCAGUAGGAAAGAGUCCUAUUUCCCUCAACACAGCAUUGGCUGCAUUCAUACAAGAACUCAGUUUGCAGAGUGAACAGGGCUAGAUUAUUGCAAAUGGUUUAUUCAGAAGCUUCUGUCAUAGAACUAAUAUGUUCACCUCCAUUAAACCUAUAUAUAGGCCAAAGAUGUAUAAAACAUGUUGAUAGAGCAUAAAUUUGAGAGAUUUUAAGAAAGAAACAGGGUAGAUUAACACUCUGUUGCAGUGCUAGAGGUUUCCCUAUCUUAUGAGGGAAACCUUCUUAUGAGGGAAACCUAAGGUACAGAGCCAAAAGAAGACAAGCAGCAACUUCAUCGGGAGACAAAGAUAAUGCUAUAAAUCAGAGUGAUAUAGAUGCUGUCCUGCCAGUGCUCAGCCUUGGGCCUGUCCUCCCCACCUCCCUCCAACUUCUCGGUCCUAUGCCCCUUUCUAAAAGGGUACUGAAGACAGAUCCACAACUCUAGCUUUUCACCGUCUGGGCUUCUGUGGCCCCAACAACCCUUUCCUUGAAUUGAGUUUCCUUAGUUCAUUUACAAUCCUGGAAUAAGGAAUUUCCUUUUCUUCCUAUAAAUUAUUUUCAGUGGUCUUCAACUUUCUAGCUAAAAGCCUAGGUGGCUUUUAUGUAUAGCAGCACAUCUGGACAUGAAACAGACUUCUGGUUAGAUUCUAAUCAAGUUCUGCAGGUGCUGUGAGCCCUGCUUAGAAUGGCUAUGCAGAAUUCUGGUGAUUUUUAAUCCCUGACCCAAGCACGUUGUCCUUUGAGUCAGUAGCUAAGCAUUGAAUCAGAGUAUCAGAACCAUUGAGAGAUGGCAUAGUGUUUGAGGGCUGUCUGACAUAUUCAGGAUUUGUUGAGCACAUGUGGUGCACAGUGCAGGAAUCUCGUUCAUUUUUAGCCAUACUACAGACAAGCCCCGCAUUUCCUCCAAGUCUAAGCAUAGUAAAUACUUCAUAUAUACACCAGGCUCUCCUAAUGAAAACCUGGAUUUUCAGAAGUCCUUCAAAUGUUACACUGGAGUUUUUCUUCCUCAGUUAAAGAGAGAUGGUUGGGUCAUUAAUAACGCCAUCUAAGUGAAGGAAGCAUGUCUCGAUAGCCUGUCGCUUACUUUUGUGCGUUUGCCUCAGGAAUUGCUGUUUUUCCAUAAAUCAGGAAACAGACCGUGUUUUCUAUUUGAAAUGCAAUAGUAGCAAUUGCUGGAAUAGAAACCUUUUCCUCCCCACAGCCAUGAUAUCCACACUAGGAAGGUACUUCUGGUGGCCGAAAGUUCUCUCUGGGUCUUCUUUCAAAACACCAUUAUUUUUUCACCAAUCUUGUGAGGUCAGAAAGGGAAAGUUCCUACCAUAAACAUGAUGUCUUAAUUUGAGAUCAAGAUCCAUAAAAUAAGAAAAUCCCAGAUGAAGACGUUGUUACUCAUUAAGAUAGAAAAAUUGAGCUAUGUUACAUUUUUCAAAGCCAGCCCUAUAUGUGACUCAGAAGUGCUGCCUCUUCUCCUGUGUCUGUGUCAGAGCUCACAAGUACUGCACAGGGACUACCCCACCAAGCCAGCUAUUGACCUCAGGCUCCUUUGUAACCUGUGUCUCCAAUAACUGCUACCAGAAGAACAAAACUGGGAUUUGAGUUUGACCCUGUCUGCCAUACCUCAGCUGGUAUAUGAGCAAUGAGAAUAAAGCUCAUUUAUGUGUGUGUGUUAGAAACAAAGUAAGGGCCCAGGAUGGUGGCAGCAUAAAGGACAUAAAAAAAUAAAGGUUAAUUUUUUUUUAAUUUUAGUUUCCUGAGGUGGGAUCUGUAGCCUAAAACAUAAGCUGGUCAGGUUUAAGUUUUCAUCCUGGGAAAAUAUACUUGAAACUGAGGUUUAAUGUUCCUAAUAUAACAAGAAGGUGAAUACAUCGUUAAAUGCUAACGUUUAAUCAGAACAGAAGUCCAUUGUCACAAAGCACAUGGGUCCUCCUGGCUGCUCUUCAUUGUACCGCUGCCUGUGUGUCCCUGAGGAACUUGGUGCGAGCAUCAGUACUGCUCAGAUCAGGGUUCCCAGCUGGAAGCAAGGUUUCAUGAGGAUAUGAGAGAACUGCAGUGUUUGUUAACAUUUCUUAAUGCUUUGUAUGACUUUUGUGCAAUUAUAGAAAGUUCAGUUUGGACAAAACGCUGUUACUUUUUUAAGGCUCUAUCCCCUGAAAAUAGGUAUGUCAUUCCCCAACAAGGGAAAAGCAUUUAUUACUGUCAUUUUAAAAAUAAGCAAUAAAACAACAUAAAAGUG